CGGACGGCUUGACGGACGGGCGAGCCGCAGGGCCAGCCUGGGUGAAUGGUGUCCGGGCGGAGGGACGCGGCAGGAUGGCGUCCACGGGCACGCAGAUCUUCGCCUUCGUGCUGGCGCUGCUGGGCAUCCUGGGCACCACGGUGGCCACACUGCUGCCCAACUGGAAGGUGAGUGCGGACGUGGGCUCCAACAUAAUCACCGCCAUCUCGCAGAUGCAGGGGCUAUGGAUGGACUGCACAUGGUACAGCACAGGCAUGUUCAGCUGCACCCUCAAGUACUCUGUGCUGGCGCUUCCUGCUUACCUGCAGACGGCACGCACCACCAUGGUGCUGUCCUGUGUGCUGGCAGCGCUGGGACUGUGCCUGGCCUCGCUGGGCCUCAAGUGCACCCGCUGGGGCGGCGGGCGACGCGCUAAACGCCACGCGGCUCUGGCGGCCGGCGCCUGCUUCCUGGCCUCCGGCUUCCUGUGCCUGGUGCCUGCCUCCUGGUACACCAACGAGGUCAUCGUCAGCUUCCUGGACGCCAACGUGCCCGAGAGCAACAAGUUCGAGCCAGGCGGCGCUGUCUACGUCGCUUUCGUCUCGGCCGGCUUUCUCUUCGUCGGCGGUUCCAUCUUCUGCCUGUCGUGCUCGGGGAAGCGGCAGGCCCCUCAGGACCUGAUCCUGCUGCCUCCGGAUAAACUCCUGCUGCAACAGCAGCAACAGCAGCUGCUCCAGCAGCAACAGCAACAAGAGCAACUCCAGCACCAGUACUGCUCCCUAUCACCUCUGGACAACAAGACUGGCUACAGCCUGCAGGACUAUGUGUAAGAGGGAAAAACAUACAGCCUCAGCCAGACACGUGCGAGGCGCUGCCGCACAAACCCCUGGCUCUGGCGAUUACCAGAUGAAAGGGGGAGGAGGACAGCGACUUUGAUGCACUCCCCCCUCCCCCUUCUCCCCCUUUUUUCUGAUCGGCAAGCACAAGCGGUGGAGGUAUUCCCUAAGCAAUGUCUUGGAACAGACGGAUCGUGAAUACUGAGGUGCGCUGCUGUGGAGAGAGCGCUGCAGUAGCAGCCGAAAGCGAUGACAGAGACAGAGAGAGAGACAGAGCGCAGACGAUAAAUAAAUGCAGAUAUCCAGUAUCCAAGCAAAGCGUAUUAAGAGUUCCUUGGGGAGUGGAUUAGCUGUAAGGAAAUCUUUUUCUCUAUCCCCUCAUCCCCUAUACCCCACCCCCUAACCCC